AUGGCCACAAUCAAGGCCAUCGAGGCCAGAUCCGUCCACCAAAUCCAGUCAGGUCAAGUCAUAGUUGAUCUAUGCUCCGUCGCCAAAGAACUGGUGGAAAAUGGGUUAGAUGCCGGCGCAACAUCGAUCGAAGUCCGCUUUAAGAACUAUGGACUCGAUUCAAUAGAGGUCCAGGACAAUGGCACCGGAAUUUCUCCAUCCAACUACGAAACCGUGGCGCUUAAGCACUACACCUCCAAGCUGGCCAACUACGAUGACUUGUCUACGUUGCGAACAUUUGGCUUCCGUGGCGAGGCACUUUCGUCCUUGUGUGCCUUAUCUAAUUUCUCCAUGACAACGGCGCAGGCCGAUGAGGUGCCUAAAGGCAAGCGCCUUGAAUUUGAUACCAUGGGUAAGUUGAAGUCGACGACAACUGUGGCCAGCCAGAGAGGCACGACUGCAACGGUGGAAGAUCUUUUCGAGGGCCUGCCUGUCCGAAGAAAGGAACUUAGCAAGAAUGUGAAACGAGAAUAUGGCAAAGUGCUUAGUCUGCUCCAUGCCUAUGCUUGCAUUGGAGUGGGUGUCAAAUUCACGGUCAAACAUACGAUUCAGAAAGGGAAAAGCACGAUCGUCUUCUCAACCAAGGGUAACGCAAGCACUCGAGAGAACAUCGCCAAUGUGUAUGGCGCGAAGACUCUGGCGGCUCUUGUCCCGUUGGACCUGACACUGGACUCUCAGUCAAAAAUGAUGUAUACGACAAGGCAAGAGAAACAGACCAACAUCCAAAUUAAGGGCCAUAUCUCAAAGCCAGUCUUUGGCGAGGGCCGGCUAACCCCAGACCGCCAGAUGUUUUUCGUCAACGGCCGUCCCUGUGGGCUCCCCCAGAUGGCCAAAGCCAUCAACGAAGUGUACAAGUCGUAUAAUGUCUCACAGACUCCGUUUAUUUUUGCUGACUUCAUCAUGGAUACGGAUUCUUAUGAUGUCAAUGUCUCGCCAGACAAGAGAAUCAUUCUUUUACACGAUUCUGCUUCUCUGAUUGAGAAUCUCAAGUCGUCCCUCACUGAGAUGUUUGACCAGCAGGAGCAAACAGUGCCGCAAUCAAAAUUUCGUGCUCGCAAACUGGCUAUUUCUCGAGCUUCACCUGUUCAGCGACAGAUCUCUAUUGAUUCAGCAAAUGAUAUCAGGGGGCGGAGCUUGACACCUGAGUCUACUGCCGUUGAGGCCAAAGAUGACGAUGGGAUUGCGUCAGAAUCGCCACCAGCACAUCUGUUCGUAGAACAUUUCGGGAAUUUUGCUAGCACCCGAGAGCGGCCUGACCUGGACAAAGUUGACGAGAAAGGCGACAGACAACAGGAAGGCCGCACAAAAAGAACCGAUGGGCCCGUUAGGAAGGUCUUCGAACGAGCCGUUGGACACAAGGAGGACGAGGACGAAGAGGACGAAGAGGAUGACGAUGGUGAUGCUCUUCAACGACACUCGGAAGAAUCAGACACAGCAUCAGAAGAUGAAACAGAGAAUGAUCUGACAACAACUCGAGUGCAGCAAUUUAACACAAGAAUGACGGAAUCUGGAGUGGACGACAGCACAUCCAGGAGACGUUCAGGCCAAGCACUCGAGGACAAUUCGCACGAAACUAAAUCAUCAGCAGAUUCGGAGGAUGUCCUAACCGACACAGUACCAGAUGCCUUCAGUCGCAUGAGAACGAGGAGAGCACCGGCAGAGGUUGCCACGAUCACAAUAGGUGACAAGACUGUGACCACGAUACUUGGUACACAAUUUUCGCACAGUCAACAAGCCAGCGCGAGAAGCGGCCAAUCUGAUAGGCAGACGGCGGAUGGUAAGGCACCAAGUCUAUUUUCGCAGUCUCUCCGACGGUUUGGUGUCCAUGGACCAACAGAGGCCGAGGAUGAAGGGGAAGAAGAGGAGGAUGGUCUAGUACGAGGUGAUUCAGACAGCGAUGGCUUAGCAAGCGAACGUGGUCCAUCAACCUCCCAGGAAGCCUCGGAUAGAUCAUCGUCAGUUAACAAAGAUGGCUUCCCGGUUGCUCCCGAGGAGGAUUCAGCUGCGUCGUCUGAUGGCGCCUACAUCGACGACGAAGAAAAGAAACGCGAGGAAGAAAUGCGAGUUGCGGAGCUGAUCCGCGCGGCAGAGGAAGCAUCAGUCAUACCGACCAAAGACAACAUGAAGAGAGCAGCAAAAGCGAUGUCGGCUACACGGACGAGGGAUUCAACAACCAACUUGCUGGCGACAGUCAACGUGACAGCCAGGUCGAUCGCGGCUCAGGUAUCUGCGAUGCAUCGAUUGAGCGCGCAGACUCACGAUGCACAGGGUGUCACAUCGGGGGAGAGCGCAAACACAGAUGCAGAGACAAGGUUGUCCCUGACGGUCUCCAAGGCCGACUUUGCGAAGAUGCAGAUUGUGGGUCAAUUCAAUCUAGGGUUCAUCAUCGCUGUGAGACGUUCAGACGGGGAGGAAUCAUCGAGAACAAGACAAGAUGAGUUGUUCAUCAUUGACCAACAUGCUUCAGACGAAAAAUACAACUUUGAGCGGCUUCAAGGGGAGACGGUGGUGGGAAACCAGAGGCUGGUGCAGCCAAUCAGAUUGGAUUUGACGGCAGUGGAAGAAGAAAUCGUGCUCGAGAAUCAAGAUGCGCUAGAACGAAAUGGGUUCGAGGUGGAAAUGGAUCUUAGUGGGGAGGAGAUGGUAGGUCGAAGAUGUCGAUUGAUCAGCCUCCCGUUGAGCAAAGAGGUAGUGUUCAACACAAAGGACCUGGAAGAGUUGAUUCAAAUGCUGGCUGAAGCACCGGUGAAUACAAAGGAGUCGACCGUGCCUCGGCCGAGCAAGGUGAGAAAGAUGUUUGCAAUGAGAGCAUGCCGGUCGAGCAUCAUGAUCGGCAAGACGCUUUCUCUCAGGCAGAUGGAGAGGGUGGUUCAACACAUGGGCACCAUCGACAAACCUUGGAACUGCCCCCAUGGACGGCCAACGAUGCGACAUUUAUGUAGCUUGAACGACUUUCGGCCAUGGCAUGAAGGGGAUGAUUUGUCUGGAGAAAUGGAGUCAAGUGUGAGCCAGGCCUUUCGCAAUUAUACACAGACCAAUUAGAAUAUAG